AUGUCUUUACUAAAACUGCCAGUGACUUUGACCAACACUAUAGAAGUUCAGAAUAAAUGGCUAGAAAUACUGCAACAUGCUGAAGAAAUAGUUGAAGAGGACGCUGAGUAUCUGCAUCAUGCCGAAAAGGGGAUGCGUUUGAAGGAGCGCGCGCUACCACCGGAAAUUCUCGGCAGAAAUUACGCUAAAUAUUGUGAUCUGAUCAACAAGCUAUAUGAUGCUUACCUCAACAGUGUUCAUCUUCAGAGAGCACCUUAUAUACAGGAAAUUAUCAAUGUCUGUAUUAAAAGGAUGUAUGAGCUGAGAACUGAACUGACACACGUGAUAGUCAACGAUUAUAUCUAUGUUGAUGGUGCUUUGACGCAGAUGAGAUUGACUCCAGCUGAUAUACAGAUAGUAGUUCCUUAUCAUUUCCCUCUGGAAUCGAGGAGUGAGAAUGUGGAACAGGCCUUGCAGAAGAUGUGGACAGAAGCCAUUAGGAGAAAGAAGAAGAGGGAGAGACCAAAGAAGGUAAAGCCACCACCACCAGUACAAAGAGACAGCUGGUUGCUACCACCAGCUCCCACGGUCGCUGAGGAUGCUGCUAAUGCUGAGCCUGAGGAGUCGGAAGAAGAAGAAGAGACUCCACCUCCAAGUGUCCACACACUGAUUCCUGAAAUAUUCAUACAGACUCUUACAAUUCAGCGGCAUGAAAGAUUCAGACAAUGGAGAAUGGCAGACCUUAGAUCUCAAGCAGCCAAGCGAACGGCUUUUCAUCUAGAAAAACACCCAGACGCACCGAUAGAGAUGAAGAUGAAAGCUGGCAGGUUGAUACAGAAGGUUUACAGGGAGUACAUGAAAAUAAAGCGAGAAAGAGUAAAAGAUACAAAGAGAGAUAUCUUACUAGGACUCAUACCAGACCCGUUUAGAAGUGGGCCCAGUUUCUUUGAAGAAAAUAAUAAGGUGUACGAAAGACGUAGACAGACAAGACUGAAGAUUACUAAGGCAUAUCUGAAAGAGCUAGAGAGGGAGAACAUCAGGCUGCUGACCUUCAGAAAAGGAGACCAGAUUGAUGACAUCACGGAUGAGAUCAGGACCUGGUUUAAGGAAUGGUUCUACGGCUACAAUUACUUUCCCGAAUUCCCGUACGAGAUCGAAGGUGGAACGAUACUAGUGGUCAGAGGGGAUUUCCCAACUGUGCAGGAGAAGUUGGAAGAUGAUGAGAAGAAGCUUGCCGAGUCGAAAGGAAGGACGCCAGACCAGAUAAAAGAAGAAAAAGCCCGAGCGAAAGAGGAUGCAAAACUAAAGGCCCAGUUAGCGAAAGAAGCGAAGAAGAAGGAAGAAGAGACCUUAGUGAAGGCCAGAUGUAAUCCAUUCACUGAUCCUGGGUACAGGCUACAGGAGUCUCAUGUCAUGCACAGUUUGAUGGAGGCUUUAAGAAACUAUCGAUCAUCAUGGUCACUAUUUGACGAGUUACCAGCGGAGAACUAUGGAGAUGUCAUCUACGGUUAUAUGAAGCCACUCCUCACUGAGGAGUUAAUGAAGGAAAUCCAUCUGGACUGCAGGAAAUAUGUCGAUGAGUUGAUGAGGUUAGACCUCAAAAUGCUGAUUAAAAUGCAUCAGCAGGACUUCAAGAAGAUAGGCUGGAAGUACCCCAAGAUCAAACCUAGGAAGAAACCAAAAAAACCCCCAGUUCAUAAACCCUUAAUUUUUGAUGAAAAGCUGCUCAAAAAUUCAGAGGGUCUCUUCGACAUAGGCAUAGUUACAAAGCCAACUACAAAACUUCAUGAUAUUAUUGGUGAUACAAGCUAUGCAGCUUACGAGUUUAACAUAAGGGAUCCGGAUGCCACGUAA